AUGUGGAUAGCUGACAGUGCUACAAAAAAUGGGCAGGUGAAAGCUGAUAAAUAUGUUGAAAGGAAAUGCUUUGACCGUCAUAGUUCUCCACAAACACCAAUAUCCAAUCUGGAAGCUCAGAAUUCUCUGGAAUGUAGUUCUGAGUGCCCUGUGACUUAUGGUAGCCCCGAUGAAAUGGUUAUGAAGGACCUGAACCCUUGUUUGACCCCAUGGUUUUCAAAGACAAAGUCUAAGGAAUAUGAUCAGAUAUCGGGUUAUGAUUUUCCAAGCAAGAAUAGGUCAUUUAAGAACAGUGCAGAAUUUAGCCCGAAUUUUUCCAGUUGUCGUGAUGGAAUUUUGUCAAAGAGUUCAGAACACUGUCAGCAACCUAGGCAUUGCUUUAGCACUGCUCGAAAAAUAUACAAGUCAGAUGAAAGUAAGUGUUCCACUGGAAAGCUGAAACUCCAAAAUAUGUUUUGAAAGUCGUCCUUGCUGUUGUAGCCUUUAGUUCCUGGAGGGGUGGCACUGGCAGUUUGUUUUUACUCAUCUUGUUGAGUUUCUAUUCGCAUGUAACAAUUGAAUUUUACAUCUGUAAAAGGAACAUCAUAUUGCCAAGAUAUUGGGGAGCAAUGUAUGUGUAAUGGAGCAGGUGAGCUUCAGACUAAAUCUUUUAGUCAUCUGAUCGGGUUAAUUGCACUUUAAUC